CGCGCUCCCGGUCGCGCGGCGGUGGUAAAGAUGGUGGCCAGCGCUCGGGUACAGAAACUGCUCCGACGGUACAAACUCGCGAUCGCCGCCGCGUUGACCAUCCUCCUGGUCCAGGGUCUGGUCGUAUGGAGUCUGCGGAGUCUGGAGGAGGGCGAGGCCGAGAAGAAAACACGACGGUCUAAGUUGCCAGAUCACAACAGCCAGGACCCCAAGAGAGACCCCGCACUUUGGGAGAAACAAAACUCUCUGUCAGGGAGGAACAAGGGCAGAUGGAGCGGCAGGCUGGAGAGGACCGGGGGCACGGCAGCCAGCGCGCUGAGGAGAGGAACCAGCCGGCGAGGAGGGAAGCCCAGCAUCAAGCAGAAGUCUCCCCAGGAGCGGGUGAUGACGGGCGCUGGAAUGGAUGGUGUCAUCCCCCCUGACCUGUCAAGCAGCCGCAACUUCAGCGACAACCGAGGAGGCACGGACGGGGCGGCUAAGCUACCUGCUGCUGCCGCCGUCAUUCCAGGGGAGCCGGGCAGCGUGGACGGCGCACACCAAGCCCCCAGCAGUGACUUUGUGCCUAAGUGUGACAUCACAGGCAAGGACGCCCUCUCCGCCCUCCAUCGCGCUGGCUCCCAGCAGUGCCGACAGGAGAUCGCCAACAUCGUGUGCCAGCAUCAGGCCGGUCUGCUCAUGCCAAGCGCCCUUCCUCAGUUCUGCCCCCAGAUCGGUAUAUUAAAUCCGGUUCAGGCCGUUGGCGAGCUGGACAACAGCCUGUCCAAAGUGGAGAACCCCAUCAGGGUGGCUUUUGUUCUGAUGGUCCACGGCCGAGCCGUACGGCAGCUCAAGCGUCUCAUCAAAGCCAUUUACCACCGUGACCACUACUACUACAUCCAUGUAGACAAGCGGUCCGGCUACUUGCACCGCGAGGUCCUGCAGAUCGCCCAGCAGUUCCCGAAUGUGCGGGCCACGCCCUGGAGGAUGAUCACCAUCUGGGGGGGGGCCAGCCUCCUGAAGGCUUACCUACGCAGCAUGCAGGACCUGCUCUCCAUGAUGGACUGGAAAUGGGAUUUUUUCGUCAAUCUCAGCGCCACAGACUUCCCCACCAGGACCAAUGAUGAACUGGUGGCUUUCCUGUCGCAGCACAGAGACAAGAACUUCCUCAAGUCCCACGGGAGAGAGAAUGCACGGUUCAUUAAAAAGCAGGGCCUCGACCGCCUCUUCCACGAGUGUGACAACCACAUGUGGCGCCUCGGGGAGCGCAGCAUUCCAGAAGGCCUGGAGGUCUCAGGUGGCUCUGAUUGGUUUGCGCUCACCCGCCGCUUUGUGGAGUAUGUCAUCAACUCCCAGGAUGACCUGGUUACAGGGCUGAAGCAGUUCUAUUCCUACGCCCUGCUCCCCGCUGAGUCUUUCUUCCACACGGUGCUGGGGAACAGUCACAUGUGUGACAGCCUGGUGGACAACAACCUGCGGGUCACCAACUGGAAUCGUAAGCUCGGCUGUAAAUGCCAGUACAAGCACAUCGUCGACUGGUGUGGCUGCUCGCCCAAUGAUUUCAAACCACAAGACCUCAUCCGGAUACAGCAACUGACCCGUCCCACAUUCUUUGCCCGUAAAUUUGAGUCGUCGGUGAACCAGGAGGCCAUAGACAUCCUGGACACUCACCUCUACGGCCAGUACGCUCCGGGCACCAUCGCCAUCAAGGCGUACUGGGAGAGCGUGUUCGAGCAGUCGGACAGCGUCGGCUCUCUCAGGGACGUGGCUCUCACUGCGUACACGUCUUUCUUUCGCCUGGGUCUGAAGAAUCUGGCCACGGCUCAGAGCAAUGUGGAGUCCUGCAGGUUUGAACCAGUAGGCUACCCUCUAUCGGUGCACCUGUACUUCUAUGACGACCGAUUCCAAGGGUACGUGGUGCGUCAGGAAGCCCAGGCUGUGGGGUCAAAGGUCAGGGAGACGCUGGAGAUGUGGGCGGUGCCGCAGGCCUCGUUCGUUCUCGAGAAGAACCUGAAAGAGUUUGAAAGGCUGAAGAAUAUAGAAAUCGGCACAGAGUGGGAUCCCAAAGAGAGGAUCUUCCGUAACUUCGGGGGGGUGAUCGGACCUCUGGAUGAGCCGCUGGCCGUCCAGAAUUGGGCGCGUGGUCCCAACCUCACGGCCACCAUCGUGUGGCUCGACCCGGCGCUGGUGGUGGCGUCGUCGUACGACAUCACAGUGGACGUGGACGCAGAGUACACCCAGUACAAACCGCCGCUGCAGCGCCCCCUGCGGCCCGGGACCUGGACGGUGCGGGUGUUGAAGCAAUGGGAGCGCGUGGCAGAAGUUCGCUUCCUUGUCAUGCCGCUAACCUUCAAAGAUAAGGAGCCACUACGCAAAGAAGAGGACAGCUGGCUCCAUGCAGGUCCUCCUGGGAACAUGUACCUGGAGCAGAGUUUCCAGCAGCUGAGCUCCAUGCUGAAGCUGCCCCCCCAGGAGCCUGCCAUGCGGGAGGCCCAGCGUAAAGCCCAGCUCGUGGGUCUGCCCCUUGAAGAGUGGCUGGACAGUGGUGUGAGGACCUUCUGGGUUAUGGGCAACCUGUGCACCACACAGACUUCCUCCUGCCCAGCACUGGGACCUUGCUCCAAAACCUCCUGGAGCUCUCUGUCCCCGGACCCCAAGUCGGAACUGGGCCCUGUCAAAAGUGACGGGCGUAUCAGGUAGCCCCAAGAUGGGAGAGAAUGUAGACUGUAACACGUACACAGGAAGAAAGAGGGAGAGCUGGAUCUACACUAGGGAGAUCCAGGAGAACCUGUGUGAGCCGGAUUGUGCCCCCGAGGUCGGCUCAGAGCUCCGGGGCACAUACACAAGAGAAAAACUUUCUGCACUGAGGAGUCGGGACUUUCUUAGAGAAGUCGGAGGAUGUGACUGCUGGAUAUUUGCACAUAGAAGAUCGCAAGCGAAGACUUGGGUCAUUGUUUGCUGAACGGUUGCAUGGAUGCCAGAUGUGUUGUUGCACACAGGUGAAAGAACCAGGAAGCGGUUGUUAAAACUCGACUCUGUGCUCCUCGCCGCGCCUCGAUCUUCAUUUCAAGGGAGAGCAGAAAACCUCUGAAUCAUAUUAACGUGCUUGUUUUGAAGCAUUACCGUGUCAGCAUGUGGAGCAGACAGAUGAAGUGCACUUUACUGUAAGACUAUGGCGUUACACAGAGGUCACACGGUCACAGUGCGAGGAGCAGACGUUUAUAAAGUCACGGUCACGUCACCUGUUCCAAUCACACACGACGUCCUGUUGCACAGACACAUCCGUAACUACAUGACUGUCACUGGGGUUAGGAAAAGUAAGGGAACAGACAGAGAGCGGGUUCCUUAGGUUUCAAGUCUUCUUUUUUUAUUUUUAGUUCUGUUUACUGUGACGUAUGAUUUUUGAAACGUGUCAUUUUCCAUGUGUUUAACUUUUGUUAGUUCCCAGAAAUGACUGGUCAAGUGUUUAGGUGUUUUCCAUAGUUGGAAAAAAAAGAAAAGCCACUCUGCGUUGUUCUCGUGGUCAAAGCAAGUGCCUCGACGGCUGCAGCUGCAGAUAGUGUAGCUGCAUUCAGAAAUCACCCUCAGAUAAAGUUAAAGCAAUCACUGAGAAGAUGUGAUACAGAUGUGUGGUUUGGUCCAAUUCUUCAAAACAAAAGAGGAAGUAGAUUCUGAGUUGAGAUUGUUCAGUUUAAUGAUGUGACAAUGCUCAAAUCGUCUGAGGUCAUUUAGAGCUGCAACGAGUCGUCGAUUAUUCUAUUGAUUGAUCAGUUUAUCUCUGUAUUAGAAAAAAACUACAUUUACCAGUUCAAUGUGAGAAUCUUGCAUCACUGUAGAUUUGAUAUUUGCUUGGACAGAAUAAUCUCAGUCAUCUCAGACUUUAACCAAUGAUUUAUCAGUAAAUUGUGAAAAUAACUGCAUAUUAACCAUUCAUUUUAAAUAUCCCUAUGUUGCAGCUUAAAUACAAUUUGUUUUUUUUACCAAAUCAAAGUCAGUUUAGUGAAGGGAGGAGAGAUGAAGCUGAAAAGUAGGAAACGUUGGACAUUUUGGGAAAUACUUUUUUCUUUCUGAGAGUUAAAUCAAAUGAGAAUAUUUAUAACCAACCUCAAGUUUACACACUACAUACACAGCUACCGCCUGCUUUGUGUUUCCCAGCAUGUCAUAACCGGUUUUACCUCCGUUAUAUCAGUUUAAAAAUGCAGUAUUGUCCCUGGUGUGCUCUGUUUACCUCACUGGUUCUUCAUUCCCAUUUCAUUUCUAAAGGUGCGUUUCAUUUCAACUUUUUAAGUCCUCCAAUCAAACGAUGGUAAACGGUACACUGUAUGUUUUUUUUUUUAUUGUGAUCAAGAGAAUCUAAGCUGCCUUUACUUAGCCGAGAAGACGAAUGGUUUAUACGGGAGAGUAGUUUCCAGAGAUGUGCAAUGAACGCCUUUCCAGAGGAUAGUGAAGCCCCCUGUCUGUGUCUUAGUGUGCAUUAGUGGUAGUUGGCCACCAUAUGAGUUUUCAAGUGACCUUGUUUACCUUGCACAGGACAGCUGCUUCGGUGACACCCCAGGUCUGUUGAGACGAGCGAGAGACGAGUCAUCGGCUGGGCAGAUUUUAUUUUUCUACACAUUUUGAGAGAAAAGCGUCUGUUAAACCAUUAAAAACUGCUGACUACUUUUGAUGUAUUUGACGGUCCAUGUGUUCAGUGACAUUUUUAUUAAUUUCUCUGUUUGGAGGAGGAGGAGGAGGAUGUUGAGGUUUUCAUCCGUGCUGCUGUGAUGAAGAGCAGAGCUCCGGCGGCUGGUGAGUCACGGUUGGCGCCGUGGCUUUUAUCUGAGUAGGAACUUUGUCGCUGUACGCCUCUGGACAAGCUCAUAAGUUAGACGUCCUGACUGAUGACUCAAUAAAAACAACAUUUAUAUGAA